AUGCAGCCCCUAGAUCGGGGGUUUGAGCGGAAGAAGUUUGGAACCAAGGCCCGAGUGGAAGCAUUAUUGCUUUCUCAGUUAUGCAUCCUCGGUAUAGCUGGAAACCCAAUCACACCCAUCUAUGCCGCAAACGUAUCCGAAAGCGUGCUGAGGAACGCCAUCAAGGCUAGGAUGCGUCUGCAGAUCGUUCGCCUCCCCAUCAGAAUUGGGUAUUGCACGUAA